GUUCCCUCUUUCUUCAAAAUAAAAGCCACCGAUAUAUUUUUCUCCAGUAUUUAAGACAUUUAACGAUAUUUUUCAAGUCAUUUUUCAAUCACCUGGUUAAUAGAUGAGACACCAACGGUAUUUUGCGCAUAUCUUUUUAUUUUAUAUGCAUAUGUGAAAAAAUCCAUGGAGUGGUGAGUCUGAUGAGAACAAAUCUUCAGAGCGUGGUGGUUUACACAGAGGAAAGAUUUCUUGUGAGAAACAAAUCAAGAGAAAUAUCAGGGCGAUUUUUUUAGUGGAGAUUUGAGGAGGGAUAAUGUGGACCAUCGACACGAGAAUCAGAUACUCUGGAGUGCCGUACUAGCUGUCAACAUGGCGGCCGUAUCUGAGAGUCGAUGAGCCUCCGUUGGGACGCCACUCAAUAAUUUCAUGUAUUCUGUGACCUAAAGUCCCCAAACGAAAACGAAAGGCAGAGGUAAAUAAGUGAAAACAAUAAAUAAAGAAUAAACAAAUACCCGUCAACGAAAGUGGGCAAAUAAAUCUAAGAAAAAAAAAUUAUCAAGAGUUCAAGGGCAGAGAGUAUCGAACGCAAGUCACUGAAAUUGGAAUACAAAAUAAAAGAGAUAUUGAUGGCAUCAACGACGAUGGCAGUGCCAACGGGCACAGCUCAGGUCGGGCAGGUUGCAGUAACGACGAUCCAAAGUGUUCAAGUGAUUGAGGAUAUUAAUCCAACAAACGACGAGACAGAUAACAUUCAUAAUGAUUCGUUGAACGAAUGGAAUAUGACGAAUGGUCUCGGUAAUGGUGCAAUUCCUUUAAAUUCACCGAUUGGUGAUGAUAAACAUGAUAAUGAUGGUCAUGAAGGCGAUGAUGAUGAUGAUGAUAAUGACGACGAUAAUGAGCCAUUGGAGGAAAUGUCAGGUGGUAAUUCUGGUAACAGCGAUGAGUACUGUUUUUUGUGUGAGAAUAAACUGUCAUCACCACGUUUGCUAAAUUGUCUUCAUGUUUUUUGUGAGAACUGUGUCAAUACACAGUUGAUAGACAACGAUGGUGGUAAUGGUAUUGGUCCAUUCAUCAUUACAUGCCCAGUGUGCGAGCAAGAGACGAGGGUCGGUGCUAAGGGCGCAGCCAGUCUUGCUUGCGAUUAUGUGCUUACCAAUAUUCUUGAUAUGUCUGCUAUUGAAAACAUGACGGUACUCUGCACAUCUUGCAAGGCUAAGGAGAAUGCUGUUGCACGUUGCUCUGAUUGUGCCAAUUUUUUGUGCCCAAAUUGCAAUACCGCACAUCAGUUUAUGCGAUGCUUCGAGAGCCAUAAAGUCAUUGCUUUUGAUGAUCUCAAAAGAAAUAGUGAGAUUGUACCAAUUCAUAAGCCUAUAUUCUGUCAAUUUCAUCUCACUGAAAACAUGAAGUUCUAUUGCUACACGUGUCAGGAACCAAUAUGCAACGAGUGUCUUCUUGUUCAGCAUAAAGCUCCAGAUCAUCAAUAUGAAAGGCUAAGCGACGCGGAAUCUCGUGAAAAAGAGGAACUAGUCAAUCUAAUGUCAGAAAGCAAAUUAAAGAUGUCAGAGUGCGAACGAGCAUCGAAUCAACUAGAAAAUGCCCUCAGUGAGCUUCAAUCUCAACACGACCAGGCAAAAGACCUCAUCACCGAGACCGUUCAAAGCUACAAAGCAAUCCUCGAAAAAUGCCGAGACAAUGCACUGGGCGAAUUGGAGAAACUCCACUCUGAGCGUGAGCUUCAAGUAAUGGAUACCUUCCAUAAUGUUGAAAAAACGGUUGAAAAGAUCGAGGAUGCCAAUCGUUUUACCUCGAGACUCCUCGAGCAUGGUGACACAACAGAAAUUCUGGCACUCAAACGCAUCGUUGCCAAGCAACUGAUAAAUUUGAUAAACAACACACCGAAAUUGAAUGUUAAAUUCUCUAUUGAAUUCCAGACCGACGAUCAGCACUUUGAAAAAGUUAUGCAAGAAUCGUUUGGUAGAUUCAAAACAGAGAGUACUCAGGCAUUUAAACCAGUCGAUAUUUCGCCAGAUGUCAUGUCAGCAAUGAAUUCGAUGUGUGACAACGGCCAGGUCUCGGUGCAGAGCAAUCAAAAUCAUCAGAAUCAACAGAUUCCAGUGGUGAUGCCAUGUCCAAGUUCCAUAAGCACCAAUUCCCCAAUUUCCCUUCCUGGAUCAAUGCAAUCAUCCUUCGAGGGUGAUCCUUCCUACAUUAUCCCACCAAGUACACCAAAUCCUCAAGAUGUAUCACCACCAUCCCCACCACCACCACCUCCAGUAUCAUCCGCUGGUCCCCCAUCAGUAUCUCUUCCUCCAGGUCCUCCAAUGCAUGGUUUUACCAGCAUACAGGAGUACAAUCUUCAGCAAUUAGCCAGUCUCGCUGAAAAAGUUGAGCUCAAUGAAACGAGCACAAAUCCAAGUCCAACUCCGUCCUUUACACUUGCCGAUUUAUUGUCUGGGGAUCUGAGUUCAACGAGUCAUGCCAUUAAUAAUUUACAAGCACUUGCCAAGCUUGGAAAUACACUGGGCAAUCAGGAUAUGGGAAAUUCAACAAUUAAUGGUAGUGGAGCAAUGGUUUUGGCACGUGUACCAUCACCUGGAAUUAAUGAUGGACAGAAUAUAGGAGGUUUGUCUGCUAACACUCUGUUAAAUGGGGGAUAUCAAUCGUUGUCAAACUCAACUUCACCAAUUUUGUCACCGGGGGAUGAUCUUAAAGGUGAUAUGCACAAUAUGAUGGGUGGAGGGAAUAAUGGGGUGCCAGGAAGUGGCAACUAUAAUCAUCCACGCUCAACUAAUAAUACCAAACAGACACCAAUGCAAAUUAGGUCCAAGUUUGGACAACUUGGACCCAGUAAGGGACAAUUUAAUUCACCACAUGGUUUCUGCCUUGGAACUGAUGAGGACAUUAUCGUUGCUGAUACUAAUAAUCACAGAAUUCAGAUAUUCGAUAAAACUGGACAGUUCAAAUCACAAUUUGGAAUCCCAGGAAAGGAGGAGGGUCAACUCUGGUAUCCACGAAAAGUAGCUGUCAUGAGAAAUUGUGGAAAAUUCGUGGUUUGUGAUCGUGGAAACGAGCGUUCCAGAAUGCAGAUAUUCACCAAGAAUGGGCAUUUUAUAAAGAAAAUAGCAAUUCGUUACAUCGACAUUGUGGCAGGUCUUGCUGUCACUAGUCAAGGACACAUUGUCGCAGUUGACAGUGUGUCACCAACUGUGUUCGUUAUUAACGAUACUGGCAAUCUUCUCAACUGGUUCGACUGCAGCGAUUACAUGAGAGAGCCAAGUGAUAUUGCUAUUAGUGGCAAGGAAUUUUUCGUUUGUGACUUCAAAGGACACUGCGUUGUUGUUUUCAACGAGGAGGGCCAUUUCCUACGUCGCAUUGGCUGUGAGAAUAUAACAAAUUUCCCAAACGGGAUUGACAUUAGCGACGCUGGAGAUGUCUUGAUUGGUGAUUCCCAUGGCAAUCGUUUUCACGUUGCUGUUUUUUCAAGGGAUGGCUCCCUUAUUUCCGAGUUUGAAUGUCCUUAUGUGAAGGUGUCAAGAUGCUGCGGCCUUAAAAUCACUUCCGAAGGUUACAUUGUGACGUUGGCCAAAAACAAUCACCACGUCCUGGUACUGAACACACUGUACAUAUUGUGAAGUGGGACAAAACCAACAAUAACGUCGCAACUUACUUCUUCAUACGGUCAUCUUAUUGGAGGCCACUCCGCUCGCAACGAAAGGUAAACCAAACAACCGCAAUUAAUCUAAAGAAAACCACAAAAACUUUGCCAAUUUUUGGCCUAUCGAAGCAAUAACAAGCAGUUGAAGUGAAAAGCGACAAAGUGCAGCAAAUUAUCAUUGAAACAAUAAAAUACGUGCGUCCCUGUUUUUAUGGAGUAUAUGAAUCAACAUCUAGAAGAAAAUCAGCUCGAAGAAAAAUUAAACAAGUACGAUAGAAUAAAAAAACAAGAUGCAAGGUUCUUACAUCUCCGACCAACGUUGCAGUAUAAUAAUUAUCAUAAUUAGUGAAAUUGCAUUUGGUAAACUGUCAAAAGGUUGAAAAAUAAUUUUUCGAGUGUACCGUGGGAGAAACUGGGCUGUUAUGCAUUGGCACUGCGCGCUGAUCGAUUGAUGGUGCGUGUAGCUAUUUAUUUAACCGAAAAAUUAACAGUUGAAUAGAUCCGAAGAAAUUUAAGAGGAAUGGAAAGACAUUUGAAAAAUUAAAAACAAUGGCCUUCCGUCAAAAUUGGUCGUUACACAUCAUUUUUGACAUCUCAGUAUUUUAAGUAAUUGAUUAUAAAUCAGUAAUCUAGUCUCAUUCGAGCACGAUUUAUCAUGCUCCCUUUUACUCCUAUGACUGUUAAGAAAGAAAGCGAUUUGAAACAGAAACUCAUGAAAAAAUCUCAACGAUGAGUUUCAUAUUAAUUUUUGUGCUCAAAUAUUUACCUCCAAUACCCAAUAUUAUCGAUCGAUGAUUUUCAAGGGAUUGACGAAAUUAAGUAGUUGAGGGUGAUAUUAUUUCAAUUAACUAAGUAUUUUAUUCAGUCUAGUAAAUCAGACUACCAAAAGUUGAAAUUCAGAGCUAUUAGUCAUUUAUCAUUUUUUCCACUAAAAUGAUUAUUCAAAUUAUACUAGAGUUCAAAUUAUUUUAUAUCAUUUUAAGCCACCAAUGAUUACCAAAAAACUAUUUUCGCUACAUAUAAAAAAUAGACCCUCAACUGAAUAAAAUACAAAAAAAAAUUGGAUUCGUGCAUUGUGGUAUUUGAUGACAAGAAAAUACAAAAUGAUCACAGUAUUUACUCAGGAUGCUUUAAACACGGUCCAUUGAAAAAUAUGAAAAAAAAAAACAAACAAUUUUGUUAUUAUCAUUUUACUAAAAAACGCAAUGCGUAUGCGAGUCAUUCAUUUUUCCUGGUGCUAAACGAAUGAUGAUCUAUGCAUAAAUCUCAUUUAUUCAUUGAGGAAUUUUUAUUUAGGAAUUUGUCAGAGUUGAUAAUUUACAUUGCGUACAAUUUCUACAUGUACUAUUUGUAUCAUAGAGACAGUAUCUUACCUACAUUUAAAGUUUGAAAAAAAAAAGGAAAAAAAAGUGCUGUUUGGUAGCUGUUUGUCGUCAUAAGUUCAAGGGGGCAUAAAAGCUGUCUAUGCAAACCUGUUACGUCCCUUUCGCUCUAUGACGACGAUAUACAAAAAAUUGUCGAUCCUUAUUAGUCUAUCAGUACCAGGAGGACCUCUGUGUACAUCGAGAUGUCCAGAAGAUUUGACCAUUAGAAUUGACGUUUUCAAGAUCGCUGAUUGCACAUAUGAUAAUCGUUUUUGCGAAAUGAUGUGCUGUCGCUUUAUUUAUAACAAUUUAAUUGUUUAAACCACAAAAUCGCAAAAACGGUUAAGGAUAGGGAAAAAAAUUUCGAACUAUAAAUCCUUUUUAUUGAAAAAUGGACAUAUUUUGUCAUUUAAGCCACAAAACUCAGAAAAUACAUCGCAAAAUAUUUAUUAUUUUUGAGAUUGAAAAAAAAAACAUUGUUUUUCCACUCUCAGGAGUCUCAAUACAAACUGCCGGUAACUUCUCCACUUCCUUAGGAUAAAAACAAAACUCAAAAAUGAAAACAUAGAUAAGGCUUUUGUUUAUGAAUUAGAAGAAAACUGGCUACACCACUCUGCGUGACCGUUUUGCAACAUGGCAAGUAUGCGUGAACGUUCACCCUGGUCAUACCCCAAACACGGUAUUUCGUCAGGAAUAUCUUUUAAAUUGAUGCAGCUACAAAAAAAAUUUUGGGAUACAAAAUAUUGAUAAUUUUAUGAUACAUCUUUUGAAUUAUUAGACAUGUAGGUCCAAUCCCAGCAGUUAACUGCGAUUGGAGCUAAAUGUCUCAUAACUCAUAAGCGAAAGUGUAUAAUAGCUAUGAGAAAAAAUUAUAUGACAAAAUAUGUUCAUUUUUCGAUAACGAACAUUUUUUGUUUGAAACUUUUUCUUCUAUCUUCAAUCGCUUCUGCAACCUUGCAGUUUAAACAACUAUAUUUUCAUAAAUAAAGAGACAACGCAUGAUUUUGCAAAAACGGUUAUCAUAUUUGCAAUCAGCGACUACGAACACAUGAAUUCCAAUGGUUAAAGCUUCUGGACAUCUCAAUGUACACAGAAGUGAAGUACCCCUGGCGUAUGAACUAUAUAUGGUAAACAAAAAACCAACAGAUGAGAGGCAGGGGAAAAAACCAUUCAUAUAUACAAAUGAAAUAUUUUUAGGGUUGUUUACAUGACCAGCCUUAAUUGGAUUGAGAAAUCGGUAAUUAAUGAAAAUGGGAAAAAUUGCAAAUUACACCACGUUAGCAACGCGGUAUCGUAUUUUUGACGGUUCGCUAUGCUGUGUUAUCUAUUUACCGUGUAUAUACAUAAUGUUAAGGCGAGACGAGUAUUAUUUUUCAUUCUAAUUUUUGCAAAUUAUCAAUUUGCUAGGUAGACGCAUACAUUGUAUUUACACUGAAAAAUGGCUUCAAAAAAUCUUACCAACAAUACAAAGAGAAAUGAAACAUCUUAUCUGCAAUCAUUUCUAUGAUCAGAACAUAAGAAAGUACUAGGAAGUGAGUUUAAACGGGCAAAUUAAACGAUUGUUUGAAAUUGAUUUAAUAAGAUUGAAUAAAAAGAAAAAAAAACAUCGUUGCAGCUAAGCCUACGGUUUUACCACCUCUAAUCUAUUGAUUAAUCGUAUAAAUGUGGUAAUUAUUUCAAGUUUAAUUUUAUAUACACAUAUAUACAUAUUAUACAUCUAUAGAUAAACCGCGGAUGCGUGGUAAAAAACACAUAAAACUGGAAAAAAAUAUAAACAAAAUAAAUAAAUAAAUAAAUAAAAAGACAAAAAAUGUAUAAACUUCUGAAAAUAUUGAAUAGUCAUGAUUUAGCAGAGUUAUAUUAAAGAAUAAUGCCUGUGAUAAUAGUAUCGUCAGGAUAAGUUGUGUCCUUAAAGAGUUUCUGAUGUUGUUACUAGGUAAAUAUUAAAGAAAAAGAAUAAAAACGAGCAAAAAGGAUUAGAAAUUACUGACAAAAAUAAAAAUCUGUACUGCGUUGGUGUUGCCUCGCUGUAGAUGAAAAAAGAAGAUAAGAGAGUUGAUGCAAAAAAUGACGAAAAAAAAAUCAUUAUUAAAUUUUCAAUUCAUAUAAUAGUGUGUUCAUUGUCCGAUUUGCACAACGACACCAGCACAUGCAGCUGCCCAUCCACAUUCUCCUACGGUACACUAGAAAAAUAACGAUGAGAUGAGUUUGGUGAAUAAUAAAAAGUUAAUAAAUUACAGGUAGAGAACAUUGAACAAAAUUAAAAAAUAAAACGUAAAAUAGAAAGCAUAAUAAUUCAAGCAUUGUUCGUGAAUUCGCAGCGAGUUUGAGAGGGAAGGGAAUGACUAUGUUUUUUGAGAUGAAAAAAAUGGUAAAUUUUGUUCGGUCAUUUUUGGAGCCGAAUUAAUGACAAAGGGAGCGGGGGGCUGAGGAUUUCAUGCAUAAUUUUUAAAACGACGCGAUGACCAUUAAAGCAAGAGGGUUUUUUACCUCACAAAAUUGAAAAAAAAUAAUAAUGAUUAUUAUACUACGCUCACCUUAUAUAUACUUGAAUAUUUUAGUAUAGAUUUACUCUAUUUACAUAUUUUUAUCUGUGGAAGACUACUUGGCUAAUUUAGGCCACUGUUGAAAUUCACCCCUUAUUUGCCUUGAUGUUUGAAUUACAACAAUAAUAUUUAAAUGAAGUGAAAUUUUUAAAAAAGUGAAGAUAAAAAAAGGUAAAAAUGAUUAAUGAGAUGCGCAUUACUUGUUACGUAAAUGGUAAUUGUGAUAGAUUUUUUGAUGAUUUUUACAAUCUCAAAAAUCUUAUUAUCCUGAUAUGUAUAGAAUUAUAUAGUCACUCUCUACAUAAUAGAUACACUCUGCUUACUGUUAAACUAAUAUUUAAUGAAAGAAGAAAAGAUUAAAGAGGAGAAAAGAAUGGUGUUGAUAGACUUACCAAUUGAAUGAAAUGAGAUGAAAAAACGCUGAAAAGAAAACAUAUAUUUAAAAAUCAAUUUACAAUGUCGAAUCAGCUAAGCUAUUAUCAAUGUAAAAUCCAGUAUCAUAAUCUGAGCUUAGAACAGGAUCAAACAAUUGCUUGGAAAACUUGUAGUACGGUUUAAUUGAAAUUUGCCAUUGGUUUGAACGAACAACUUCCAUUGUCCGCCGUAGCUGUAUUAAAAAUUGCGUAUUGUAAACAACUUUUAAACAAAUAUUUCUAAAAAUGGACAAAAAAAAUAGGCGAAUACCAUUACAAACCUAUUUUUCGCAGUCUUGUAUAUGUAUAUUCUCACUCAAAACAAGAAUUUUUCAAGAAUGAGAAGUUUCAACUAAGAUUUCAAAUUUUUAAAAAACGGUUUUAAACUAUCUGAUUUUCCCAUAAUUUUUACAACUUACUUGUCGCAAAUCUUUUUCUUUCAUUUUCUUUUUUCGUCAGAGAAAAACGAAUUGACUAUUUGAUAGCAAGGACAUUCUUUUACUACACGAUUGAGUGCAACAAAGGGUAUAUUAAAUAUACUGUACAAGUGUAUCAAUUGAUAGAACCAAGGGAAAAAAAAUUGGGGAAAAACCAAAUAUGAGACACUGACAACUUGUAGCCUACGGUUAAUCAUAGUCUUCCUAGCGUCUUUGAAUAAUAUUUAAAAAAAUACGCUAUGAAAUUUUAGGAGCAUGGCCAAUUAUUACUGAGCCACCACUCAAUUUUCUGACUUUAGAGUGGUGUGAAUGCAUUUACACAUUAUCGCAAUAUUUUUUGUUUUUUCGUGUUUUUCUUUUUUUUUUCCAUCGUUAUGUAUUUUUUUAUCGAUCAUCAUUGAUCAAUCUUAAUGUGUACAUGCAUUCGAAGGUGUUCCUUUCUCUUUGGAAAAAAAGGUUUUAUAUUUAAUUUCAGAGAUGUUUUUUUAACUCAUACAUUAAAUUAUUAUUUCAUUAUAGGUUGUGCACACAAGCACUAUGUGUUCCGCUGACUGUUUUCUAUUUUUGUUCUAUUGUUUCUUAGUUUUUUCAGUCGUCAAAGACUCUUUUCCCUCGUUUUCAAUUUCAAUUUAUCCAUUUUACAUGUUGAAAGAUCUGUUUGAUGAAAUCAAACAGAAUGGAGGGGGUGAAUUUGACAAGAUGACAAAGUACCAAAAACUGUUUUGUUUAUAUUUUAGUAGCUCCAUAAUAAGCAUUAAGGAUAAAUUAUUCAACUACAUCAAACUAAUUCCCUCGUCAAAUACUCGAUAAAGGGGUGUUUUUUUUUCUCUUUUUUCCAUCAGUCAGAUAAAAUAAUUAAAUUUGAGUUAUCUAAGACUAUUUUCGAUUGAACUAGAUAUCAAAAUGCGACUUUUGCGUGGUUUGCAUUCCAAUAUUUAAUUGAUAUAUUUUAAGGCAUCUAACUACAAAGUAUCCAUUCUUCGUCGACUAUGGAAAUUGUUUAGAAUAGAGGGAGAAAAAAAGAGGAUGGAGAAAUAGUCACAGUAAAGUCGUUUUUAUGGUAGAUAUUGAUCUUUUUCAUUUUAUUUCGUUAUGUAUGUCGCCCUGACUGGUAUACGUUUGUAUAAGUUUAGAUUAUAAAAAGAGCAGCUUAAGCGUCAUUUAUUAUGUUCUUUUCUUCAUACGCUUUGUAUUUAUACAAGAAUUAAAUUCGUUAGUGCCAAAUGAGAAAAAAAAUUAAUGAUAACAAUUUUUACGAAUUAGUCUUACGUAGGAUAUCUGUUUAUUUUGUGUUUGUUCGUUUUUAUUAUUUUUUAAAAUGGUUUAUCGAGUUCAUAAUUUGUGCCGUGUAAAAUGUCCAAGUUAUUUUUAGAAUUUAAAAAUCUCUAAUGUAAGGAAAAACUGAGGAGAGGAGGAAGAGAAAAAUGAAAAAAAAAUAACAUUCUUCAUUAGUCAGUUAAAGUACAAAUGUUUAAUGUAUUGUACCGUUAGUUGAUAAGCAAUGAGAAAGUGUCGUUGUAGAAAAAGAAAAAAAAACGUGGAAAUAAUUAUUUCUACUCUAAUUCCAUUCCUCAACAAAACAAAUAUUAUGAAAGGUUUUAUUGUAUUUUUUUGGCAUUAGUCAAUUGUUAUGUAAUACUUAACUGGCUGCGUGACAAAUUAUAUCAGAAGGUUAUCAUUUUAUGUUCGAUUUGUUUUUUUUUGCUGUCGUUUUUUACUAUUUUUUUAUUUUUACUAGUUUUAAGAUUUUUUUUUUUCCAUUUGGAAAAACGUUAAUAUUUUCUUUUGUGUUUGGGAGGCACUUUGAUUAUUUACAUAUCAAAUUGACCACCACACAUAUGUAUACAUAUAAUUAUUAUACACUUUAUACAGUGGCAUUCCAUUCGGUGUGUGCUUCUCAUGUUCAGGGUCAUCAAAUUAAAGAAAAAAAUCACAAUACGUAUAGUAUAAAUAUCUCAUAACAAAAAAUGUUCCCGUGAUCUCGACAAUUUAUAUUUUAUUGACACCAAAAAGAUUGAUGGAUAAAAAAUGUUUUUGCAAUUAAACAAAUAUUUAGAGUGAGUUUUUCGAUCCGAUUGAAGAUUUGUAUUUAGAAAAAAAAAUUAUUAAAAAAACAGAGAAAAUAAUAAAUUGUGAAUUAAAAAAAAACUAUCCUGUAAGUGCUUUAAUACAUUAAUCAAUCACAUCUAUGCAGACUUUCAAUUUUCUCAAAGUUUUAAAGGAUGUAUCCCUUCACAUUCGUUGAAAUGAAUGUUUACCUAACAGAAUGAGUUCAUAGUUUGCUGGAUGAGGAAAUGUGAAGGAAUAUCAAUGUCAUAAUUUACCUUUUCUCUUCUGUAGGAAGGAAAAAUAAUUGAUUGAAUUAUUUUUUUUUUUUUGUUGGAAGGAGUUUAUUGAACGAAUAAAUGAGGGUUCACUUGUACUCUCUGAUGAGAAUAGUACAACAAAUGAAUGGUAACAGGUGUAAUUGCAUUAUGGAAGAGUGUGUACCAAUAUAUUUUUUAUAAAUCAUUAAAAAAUUGAGAUCGGUAUGCCCAUCAGUUUAACGAUUCAACUCACCAUUGACACUCAAGAAAUCCUAAAGUAAUCAACAACACUGUAAUGGACAAUUAACGAUGGGUCUGCUGUUUACGAAUAUCCAGCUUUCUCAAAUUGUAUGACGAAAAUAACUUACUCCUUAUUCGUAGCAGAAAAGAAAAAAAUUAAUUAUUUUUCGCAGUUAAUUCCCAUUUAAUCAGCGAUUUCUCCUUUCAAUUCUUUCCAUUAAACAAUUAUAAUUAUAGUUUGACUUUUUCCAAAGUUUAACAAAGCUAGUCCAUCGAAACACGUGUGAAAACGGGGGGGGGUCUCUUGUAUUGCCUUUUUUACUUCAUAGUUACUAUGAAUAAUUCAUUAAUCAUUAAUUGAUAAUUUUUUGUCUACCUUGUACCUACAAAACUUUUUUGUUUCCUCAGUUAAUUUUUCAUUUUAUACUUCUUAAGAGGAAGAAAAAAUAUAUUGUACUAUACGUUUACACAUCUAUAUACACUUUUACAAAAGGGAGAAAAGGAAGAAAAAAAACAAGAAGCAUAAGAAAUAUUUUAAUCUACAAUACUGUAUUAUGUAUACUGAAUGAGUCCGUGAAUUAAAAGAAAAAAGUUGCAAAAUUUCCUACUUAUAUAUCUGUCGAUUGUAUCCUAAUUGAAAAUAUUUUAUUAUAGGAUUGGAAUAAAUAUUAAAAAGUAAAAAUUGUAACACAUCAAUUUUGGUUGCAUUGGAGAUGAAAAAGUUCAAGGAAUAGAACGAACUGAACUGUGAAUAUUAUUUGUUGGCCGUAAAACCAUUGAUAUUGUGGCGAAUCAUAUCAAACUAAAUUUUUGCCAUCAGUCGCGUCAAUUCGUAUAAUAACCCCCCAUCCUAUAUUAAGAUAUUCUCAAGCGAAGCCAAAAGAAAUACAAAAUAGUAUAUUUCAGUACAUGUGGGGCAAUAUCGUCCUUAACGUGUGUGGGGUUUACAGCA